CUCCAAGCAAGUUAAAAGAGUGGGAAAAAACCACAGACCAAAAGAUAGGAUCGUUCUCUCAGGCAGGUCUUGAUUUUGCAGGAGAAGAUGAAAGUCAAGCUGCUACAUGGCAUGCUGUUGCUUCAUGGACGUGGGAUGCCCAAGAUGAAACAUGUGGAAUUUGUAGGAUGGCCUUUGACGGUUGCUGUUCUGACUGUAAACUCCCUGGGGAUGAUUGCCCAUUGAUUUGGGGUGCAUGUAACCACGCUUUCCAUCUUCAUUGCAUAUUGAAAUGGGUGAAUUCACAGACUUCUCAAGCACAUUGUCCCAUGUGCCGUAGAGAGUGGCAGUUCAAAGGAUAAUCAGUGAACUUUUAACCAA